AUGAAGUCUUUCAUCAUUAUAGCAACUCUAGGAGCCAUACUGCCAGUGGUUGCUGCUCCUAAUCCAUUGACAGGAGGAGAGUCUGGUCUCGUUUCUCGUGGCACUUGCUCAGUGAAUAUCGAGGUCAAAAAGACAUGGCAUGAGGCCGGCCAGACACGCCGGCGCAUCCAAGUUCUUGCAGACGGGACGCCGCCUGAUGCCUUCUGCCAACACAUGGGCGGAGUGAAUAAGCAGUGCUACAUUCACGAAACCUAUGGGCACGUCGUUGAUACCAGCUACGAGCUGGGUCUCGGUGGAGAUCAGAGGUUCUCGGCUGACUGGAACUAUGGCCUGGAUGCCUGGAGGCUUGAGACAGGAUGCAGGCCGGACGAAUGUGCUAACGUGCAGCCUCCUGCACGCCACCGCCGUGAAGACAGACUUAGCGACGAUCAGAAAGGCGGCGAUAGGCCUGGGCAAUGCCUUGUCAAUGCCGAGGUGAAGGAAACGUGGCGUGAGUCAGCUAGGACCCGCCGACGCAUCCAUUUGACAGCUGACGGAGCCGACCUUGCUAUCUUUUGUACCCAUAUGAAGGGAGAGAACAAGCAGUGCUACGAGCAUAAGUGCUAUGGCCCGGGAUACGUUGUGGAUAUUAGCCACGAUCUGGGACCCGCAGGGGAUUAUACCUUUUGGAAAGACUAUAAGCAGGCCUUGGACCUCUGGAUGAAAGAGACUACUUGUCGGACUGGCACUUAG